CAUACAAAUUACAAAAAAUAAAAAAUAUUGAAAAUGAGACACUAUGAGACAAUGAGACAUAUGUGAGAUAGUAAAAAAAAUUGGAAGAAUAAUAUUCAUAUGUACUCUAAUAGAAAGAAAUAUUAAAUACUAUGUUAUGCUUCCUUUGCAAAGUAAGGUUAAUUCAUUAGAAAAAAAUUGGUAACUGUUGAGAUGGGCAUCAUUAUUGCAAAAUUUCGAAAAAAGACUAGCACAUAUGAUGUGUUAAGUAAGUUGGAGGAUGAAAUAGUUUCGAUUGAGGAAUUUCAAAAAAGAACACAGCAAACCCAACGAAAAAUUGUUUUUCGAUUUAUUCUGUUAGCUAUCUCAAUAUACGUAGGUCUAGCCUUUCUUUUGUACUUAUAUUUUUCACAAAUAUCACAAAAUCAAAAACUGCUUUGGAGUAUACCACUUAUAACUUUUCCUUUAGUAAUAUGGUUGAUAAAGAAGUUUUUGACAUGGUAUUAUAAUAGAAAAAUUAAGAAAAAUGAAAAGAAAUUGAUAACCUUAAAGGAAAACAAGAAAAAAAUUCUGGAAAAUGUUAUGGAAACUGAGACCUAUAAAGUAGCCAAAUCCAUAUUAGACAAAUUUGGCAAUGAACGAAAAAAAGCUAUUAUUUCUACUCCAACAAUUCAAAGGACAUCACCAGCUUUUAGUCCCGCGGGCAAUGAAUCAGUGAUUAGACAGAGAAAUAUACCUGCUAGAACAUUAAUGCAGAAUCGAUUGUCAUUUGGUGGUCUUCCAAGUACACCUCAAAGCAUCAUGGGUCGUCAGCUAGCGCUUCCAACACCUUCAAAUCAAAAGACACAAAAUAUUCCGCCAGUAUCUAGUGCAUUAAUUAGAACUCCAGCUACUACAACACCCUUACCAAGAAGUAUUUUGCCUAGAGAUCGUUCAGUCCUUGAUAAAAUGGUUGAUUAUUUAGUUGGAGAUGGUCCCUCAAAUAGAUAUGCUCUAAUUUGUCAAAAAUGCAGUAGUCACAAUGGUAUGGCUCUCAAAGAAGAGUUUGAAUAUCUUUCGUUUUGUUGUUGCUAUUGCUCUCAUUUCAAUUCCGCACGAAAGAAGAAACCAAUCGGUCCGAAAUUUGAAUCGCCACUCACGCCACUGAAAGCUCUGAAGCAAGCCGAAUCCUCUGAUUCUGAGAAGAAUUUGGAGAGCGAUUCGGAGGCAGAACCGGAACCGUUGGUGGAGGAGCCCCGUUCCGAUUCUCCGGAUUCAAAAAAUCCGUUUGACUGUGAAGACGAGCCGGUUUUAACCAAAGAGGAUUCCAAAAUGGAAACGGACGAUGAUAUCACCGUUGUCAAGGACACUGCCAAAAUUACGGAAGUGACGGAAAGCGGAGACACUAAAGAAAACACCGCUGCUUUGUAAAAGCAAAUAAUUCAAGACUGAUAUUUAUUAUUUUGUCCGUUAUUCCAUGUUUAAAUGUUAGAAGAAAACAAUUUGUUUCUAGAGCAUGCGGUAGAUAGUCAGUUUUUGUUUUGUUUCUUUGUACUUUUUUAUUCUUGUCCUAUCUUAAUUUAACUCGUACUGACAAUAUAUAGUAAUUUAUUUACAGGUUUUACUUCUUCAUUCUUUUAAUUUUGGGUUUGGUAAACAAAUGGAUUGUUAUUUGAGGUGCCUUGAGCCUUUCUCAGUUAUUAAUAAAGCUUACAUUUUUUGUUGA